UAUGACUAGACUCCGUUGUCUGUUUCUGAAUAGGCUGUCUCAUUAAUUAGCUUAAUUAGGUAUGUCCAAGAACUGAAUUUUCUUAUUGUUGAAUAACUCAAGAAAGAAUCUGGCACAGGAUGUAAUUAGUCGAUUCUAAUAUAAGGAUUCAGUUGCCGGAUGCCGCCGGCAUACAUACGGUAACCAAAUAUACAUUUGGCACUCAAUAGUUACCUCCUAGAAAUUUCACGGCUUAAUUCUGUUCUGGCAUUUUCAAAAGUGUCAUUGAGGUAAUUAUGUUGAAUUGUGUGAGCAUCUAAUAUAAAAGUAUAUUUUUACUUAAUUAUGUCCUUAACAGAUAAAUCUCGAUGCACUCUUCGAAGCUGACAAGGCUGACAAAGAGAGGAACGAUGCAAAGAAGGAGUCAGCUAGCUCUUUAUCACUCACUGUUGCAUGGUCAUCCAAUACUUCUUAAGGAUAACAUUGCAACAAAAGAUAAGCUGAACACUACUGCUGGAUCAUUUUCAUUACUGGGAUCAGUUGUGCCUCGUGACGCAGGUAUAGUGACAAUGCUGAGAAAAGCAGGGGCGAUUGUACUAGGGAAAACUAGCCUCAGCGAGUGGGCUGAGUCUCGGGCGCUAAAGGCGCCAAAUGGCUGGAGCCCUAGAGGUGGACAAGGAAAGAAUCCUUAUGUUCUCUCCGCGGACCCUUGCGGCUCGAGUAGUGGAUCAGCAAUAUUAGUGGCAGUAAACAUGGUGUAUGUGUCGAUAGGGACAGAGACCCGUGGUUCAAUCUUAUGCCCAGCUAGCUCCAAUGCAGUUGUAGGCAUCAAACCAACCGUUGGACUCACUAGCCGAGCAGGAGUCAUCCCAAUCACUCCUAGACAAGAACUACCAAUUGGCAGAACAGUAACGGACGCUGUUCAUGUUCUUGAUGCCAUCGUAGGCUUUGACCACAACGACGCAGCUGCAACUGUUGCAGCAGCUAAAUUCAUUCCUCGUGGUGGUUAUACUCAAUUUCUGAAAGUAGAUGGCCUUAAGGGCAAGAGAAUUGGAGUAGUGAGGGACCCCUUCUUUAAUUUCACUAAUAAUCCUGUCCUGGCUCAAGCUUUUGAAAAACAUCUCCAAAAACUCAGGAGACAAGGUGCAAUCUUGGUAGACAAUGUGAGCAUAGCCAACCUUGAGACAAUUUUAGACUUUAAUCUGAGCGGUGAAGCAUCAGCAGUGUUGGCUGAAUUCAAUAUAGCCUUAAAUUCCUAUCUAAAAGAGCUAGUCGAUUCCCCUGUACGAUCUUUAUCAGAUGUAAUAAUCUUCCAUAAAAAAAAUCCUGAACUGGAGAUGCUUAAGGAAUUUGGUCAAGAUAUAUUUUUGGCAGCAGAAGCUACAAAUGGAAUUGGGGAUACAGAAUUGAAAGCUUUGAGGAAUUUGUCAAGAUUAACAAGAAAUGGAUUCCAAAAGUUGAUGAAAAAGUAUAAGUUGGAUGCAUUAGUGACUGGUGGAUCUGAUGUUGCUGCUGUUGUUGCAAUUGGUGGAUUUACAGCAAUUAGUGUGCCUGCUGCUUAUGACAAAGGGGUGCCUAUUGGCAUUUGUUUUAGUGGGUUGAAAGGCUCAGAGCCUAAGCUAAUUGAAAUUGCCUAUGGCUUUGAGCAAGCAACCUUAAUUAGAAAGCCUCCUACAUUUUUGCCCUAAAAAUGUACUACUAUAAGAAAAAUAUGUAUUUUCCUUUUGUUUUGCUUUAUGUAUUUCUUAUUUGGAAUUUAUCGACCUAAUUAAUUCAAGUUUAUGGACUAAUGAAUGGGAAAGAAC